AUGAGUGAAGGCCGUCCAGUUGCCCCUCCCUCUGGGGAAAGCCGUGGGCCGAUGACAGCGGCGAUUGUUAUCACUUUUACAGCCUUUGCCUUAGUAGUUGUACUGUUACGGGCCGUGACGAGAUUCAUUAUCAUUCGGCGACCAGGAUUAGAGGAUUACUUCUUGGUUAUAGCCAUGGCUGCCUCGAUAGUUACAGGUGUCUGUCAAGUUUUCCAGGUCCAAUAUGGUACUGGAAGACAUUUCGCCGAAGUUGAUCUGGCAGACUGGAGUACCUCUCUUAAGUACCUCUUCGCCAGUAUUGUCGCUUACAACUUCAGCCUUACUCUCACAAAAACCGCGAUCCUAUUACAAUACCUCAGAAUAUUCACCAGCAAAGUGUUUAGAAUUGCGGCAUAUGUGAUGAUGUUUAUAGUCUUUGGAUAUGCAACCGAAGCUAUUCUAACAGCGAUCUUUAACUGUAUCCCGGUGGAAGCGUUUUGGACAGGCGACCCGACUGCCAAAUGUAUCCCACGGGAGGCCCUGUGGUUCGCCAAUGCCGGCCUCAACAUCUUCACCGACUUCAGCAUUGCCAUUCUCCCACUGCCCGUUGUGGUCAAACUCAACAUGCCAAGAAGGCAAAAGAUCCCACUAAUGAUGAUUUUUGCACUUGGUUUCUUUAUCUGCAUCGUCUCAAUCCUGCGUCUUCGCUUUUUAAUCAUCCUCUCCAGAUCUACGGACCCUACAUGGGACCAGCCCGCAACUGCAUAUUGGUCCGCUAUUGAAAUGAACAUAUCGAUCGUUUGCGCCUGCCUCCCGGCCCUUAAGCCACUCGUUUCCCUCGUUGCACCAUCUAUCUUCGGUACGACCGCUGCUGGGUCUCAGCCACCUAGUUAUCGAGAUUAUAGGAAUGCAUAUGGUAGCAAGAAAAUAAGCAGUGGCGGCGGUGGACGUGUCUUCUCUGAUAAGGUUAAACGGAGUAGGAACAACAACAUGGGUAUCACUACCACAGAUGAGGAACUGGAAAUGGGGUUUCGAGAUGUAGGGAUUUCAGGUGGUAAUACCCAACAGCCGAGGUAUAGCACCAGGAUUAGUGGUGAAGAUAUUAAACCGCUUUACAAAAACUCGAGUUCAGUUCAUGGAAAACCUACGUUAGUUCAAUUAACAUCCGGGACAUCUAUGGGGGGUAUAAAACAAACGACAGUGAUUGAGCAGAAUAUAGAGAUAACAGGGAGGGACAGGGACAGGGAUAGCGGUAGCGAAACAGAGAGCUUGAGAAAGCUUGUUCACGCUCCGACAGCCAAUGUUGGUGAAACUCCUGGGAAACGAUAG